GUUUCACUUUCCCAACUCGAAGCGUUUCUUGUAUUUUAAUUCAAAUUCGGAUGAAUUCAUAAUUGUUGUUGUUCUUGUUGUUGUUGUUGUUACCAUUUUGUGAAUUCAUUGACUGCAUUCAUUUGGUGCGAAAUUUAUUGCGAGCCCACAUAAUGACGAAACAGAACAUCUCACUCGCCAUUGUCGUUUAAGCUCGAAAUUAUUACGCUUUUUUCUUUUUUUCUCCUUCCUUUAUAGCGUUACUUUUUUCUCACCCACUGUCUCUGUAAAAAUCAGCUACAAAAAAGGUCUGAGAUUUGUUUGCACAAAGCUGAGGUUUAUCGGAAGUGCAGUUUCAUGUCCAGUGCUUCUCAUUUGGACUGAUUUCUGCAAAGAAGAAAGCCAUUUGCAUUGAAAUUGGGCUUGAAUUAAAGAUGCAACAAAGAGUGGGGAGUUUUAGUGCCCUCGAAGAAUGCAAACAACCUAUUGUUAGAACCUUAAACCAACCAAACAAGCCUUUCCCUCUAAGAUUACUUCAAUUUCUCUUGCUCUUAUUGGGAUUAGCCAUAGUUUUUUCCUUUCUCAGUUUUUACGCUAGUCGGUAUCUCAAAGUACCGAGCGAAAUCGCCAUAAUUCAGUCUAGAUUCGAACCUUGUGCUCAAGAACCAAACACUUUAAUAAGUUGGAUUAGACCUCCUUCGAAAUUAUUGCAUCAUAUGAACGACACCGAACUUUUUUGGCGGGCUUCAUUUGUGCCCCGUAUAAAAACUUACCCUUUCAAGAGAACUCCCAAGAUUGCUUUCAUGUUCUUGACGAGGGGGCCUUUGCCUUUGGCGCCUUUGUGGGAGAAGUUCUUCAAGGGGAAUGAGAAUCUUUAUUCGAUUUAUAUUCACUCCUUGCCUUCUUAUCAGCCCGGGUUUUCGCCUUCAUCAGUUUUCUACGGCAGGCAAAUUCCGAGCCAGGUGGCGGAGUGGGGCAUGAUGAGCAUGUGUGAUGCCGAGAGGCGCCUCCUCGCGAAUGCUCUGCUCGACUUUUCAAACGAGUGGUUCGUCCUCUUGUCCGAAGCCUGCAUUCCCCUCCAAAACUUCAGCAUAAUCUACCGAUACAUUUCGAGGUCUCGAUUCAGUUUCAUGGGCUCGUUCGACGAGCCAGGUGGCAAUGGUCGAGGCAGAUACAACGAGAAAAUGGCCCCACUCGUCAACCUCACCAACUGGCGAAAAGGCUCUCAAUGGUUCGAAAUCAGUCGUGAUUUGGCCGUGAGUAUCGUUCGAGACUCGGUUUAUUACCCGAAGUUCGAGCAGUUCUGCAGGCCGGCUUGCUACGUUGACGAGCAUUAUUUUCCGACCAUGCUGACGAUCGAGUCCCCGCGCCAGCUGGCGAACAGGAGCCUCACGUGGGUCGACUGGUCGAGGGGUGGGGCCCACCCGGCGACUUUUGGGAGGGGGGAUGUGAAUGAGGAGUUCUUCUUCCGGAAGAUUCUGGAAGGGGGCUCGGGUUGCUUGUAUAAUAAUCAGCCCACGACGCUGUGUUUCUUGUUCGCGAGGAAGUUUGCGCCGAGCGCGUUGGAUUAUUUGUUGGAGAAUUCGGUCAAGCUGUUCGGGUUUUGAGGCCCGUUCGGUUAUUUAAUUUUUUUAUUUUUUUUUUU